AUGGAUAAAUUUCUACUAAUAAUUGGGACUAUUUCUGCGAUAGGUACUGGGGCUAUGAUUCCAAUCGUAGCUGUUUAUCUAGGAGAUAUUUCAGAGGCCUUCGAUUAAUAUAAUGAAGUGGAAGAUAGAAGGCAAAUUAUAAUCGAUGUCACUCGCAAAUUAGCAAUGUUAGCUUUUUUCAUUUGGAUCAGCGGCUAUUUAUACUUUGCAUUAUGGUAGUUAGUGGCUGAAAAAAUCACAUUUGAUCUAAGAUUAAGGUUCUUGAAAACAAUGUUAAGUCAAGAGGUUGGAUUCUUUGAAGAAAUUAAAAUUGAGCAACUUCCGUCUUCCGUAGGCUAAAAAUUCUUAGUUAUUCAAGAAUCGAUUGGCUUCUGUAAUCAUUGCAUUAAUCAAGGAGCUGAUAUGGUCUUGAUCUGUUUGACUGUUUUUCCUCUUGCAAUAGUUCUCAUCAUGAUAAUUGGAGGGUAGGUUAAAAAAUCUACCAAUUUUUCUACUGAGAAAUCAAAUAUAGUUGGUGGAAAAAUUGAAGAAAGUUUAUAAAGCAUUAAAGUCAUAUCUUCCUUUGCAUAAGAGGACAGAGAGAUUAUAGACUUUAAUAUAAAAGCUGAAGCUGCAAGAACUUCUACCAUUAAAUCUGAAUACAUUACUGCAGCAUUUAUUGGCACUUUGAAGCUGGCAAUAUAUGGAAGUUAUGGCUUUAACUUUUGGAUGGCAACUGUCUACCUUGAUCAAGGUGUACCCAAAUGCAAAGGAAAACAUCUUGAAAAUACUAAUUUUGAAAUAAAGACUAAUACUACAACUGCUAUAGUAGGAGCUUCAGGGUCUGGAAAGAGCACGAUAAUAUAACUUAUCGAAAGAUUUUAUGAUCCUUAAUAAGGGUUUAUAAAAUUUGGUGAUGUAAAGCUCUAAGACAUCUCUUUGGAAACCUUGCGUGAAUCUAUCGGCUAUGUACAGUAGGAACCUGUUUUGAUCCUAGGAACUAUAAGAGACAAUAUUCUGCUGGGUAAUAAAGAUGCGAAUGAAGAAGAUAUAAAAAAGUCAUUAGAAAUUGCUAAUGCUAAUUUUGUAUAUGACUUAGAAAACAAACUUGAUACUUACAUUGGAUCAUCAUCUCUAAUUAAUCUAUCAGGGGGAUAAAAAUAAAGAAUUGCAAUUGCCAGAGCUUUAAUAAAGAAACCAAAAAUACUGAUUUUAGAUGAAGCAACUAGUGCACUUGAUCCUAAAAGUGAAAAAGAUGUCUAAUAAGCUUUAUAUAACAUUCAAAAUUCAGAGAAUAGCCUAACCACAAUUGUUAUAGCUCAUAGAUUACAGACUAUCUAAUCAGCUGAAAAUUUGAUCUACUUUAAUAAAAAUAGGUUAAUUUAAACAGCUCAGAAGGGAACCGAAGAAUUUGAGCAAAUACUAUAAGAUUUAAAUAAGAAUCAGACAUUUGAAGGAAUAAUGGAUGAAAUAUAAAUAUUAAAAAAUUAAAAUUAAUAAUUUGACAAUAUCGAAAAAAACACUUAAUUUUUAGAAGACCAAGAAAAAUUUCCUCGACUUAACACAGAUAGAGAUAUUGAAUCCUCCUAAUUAAUUGAAUAAGUUUCUAUUCCAUUAGCAAUAGAAGAAGUAGAUGAUAGAUUGACAGUUGCAACAGGACUAUUAGAUUUUAUUACAAGAGCUUUACACAAGCACCUAGGAGAGAAUCUUUCAUGUGCUAUCAGGACUAAACUUUAUUCGACUAUUGUCAAAAAGAAUUUAAGUUGGUUUGAUAGAAAAGACAGAGCUCCAGGAAUCUUGAUUAGUAUAUUCUCAGAGGAUAUAACAGCUUUAAAUGGUUUGACAGGUGAAACAAUAUCCAAUAUUCUUGAAGCUAUUUUAACUUUAGUUAUUGGUGGACUCAUUGCAUUAUUCUAUCAUUGGAAAAUGGCCUUAAUAUCUAUCGCUACAGCUCCAUUCAUAAUGUUUGCAGGUGUUAUCUUGUAAUUGGUGAUAUGGGAUAGAACUAAAAGUUCAAGCCAGAGUGGCAAAGACUCAGCUGUUCUGGAUCCUUAUGACAAAUCAAAUGCAUUAGUUUCAGAUAUUUUAAUGAACUAUAAGACUGUUAUUAGCUUUGGCCCUAAAAACAUCGAAAAAUUGCUGUAAAAAUAUGCAAGUUUACUAGAGGAGCCAAUGAAGAAAGGCCAUAGAUCAUCUCAUUUAUCAGGUCUAAUGUUUGGAUAUUUUCAAUGCAUAAGAUUCUUCUUCUUUGCAGGAAAUUUCUACUUGUCAACUAUCUUCAUAUUUGAUCAGAAUGAUGAUCCUGAAUAAACAUACAUUGCAAUUUAUACUGUGAUGAUGGCAGCUUUUGCUGCUGGAGGAGCACUUUCAUUAGUGCCCUCAUUUUCCAAAUCUAUUCAAGCUGCGAACAAAAUUUUUGGAAUCAUUAAAGAUGAGAGUUCCUCAAAAAUUACUCAAUAAAAUAAAUAAAAUCCUUAAGAUGAUGUUAUCUAAAAUGGUUCAAUAGAAUUUAAUAGCAUUAACUUUAAGUAUCCCUCUAGGUAGUAGUGGGUACUGAAAAAUCUAUCAUUCAAAAUAAGGGCUGGAAUGAAGGUAGCAAUUGUAGGACACUCAGGAAGUGGAAAAAGUACAAUAGCAAGUUUGAUUCUAAGAAUCAUUAAAGAUAACAUUAUCUAUGGAAACAGGAAUGCGACAAAUAAAUAAAUUAAGGAGGCUGCUAAACUUGCAAAUUGUUUACAUUUCAUUGAAUAAGAUUAGCAGGAAGAUUCAAAUGAGAGUACUUUAAACAAAAAACUGAAUAAUCUUAUAAAUUCCAAAGAGUUUUAAUCAAGAUAUUCUAAUAAGUUAAAAGAAUAGGUUUCUUUAUUAUCCGAAGAUACUCUUACUGUAUUGAAUGAUGGAUAUCGAAAUUUGAUAGUUGAUGUGUUAAAAAGUGUUGAUGAUUGCGACUAAAUUAAAAUGAUUGAAGAUGAUUUUGAGAGAUUUAAGUAAGUUGUUUAAAUCUUUUGUUAGUCUAAUGAGAGGAACUGGGUUGAUGUUAUACAUGGAAUUUCCUUUUUGUCAAAAAUUACUAAACCUUUUAAAGAAUAAAUUGAUUUCCUCCAUUAAGAACAGAAAAGCGAAAAUUUCAUGAGUAUAUCCGAACAUAAUGGAUCUGUUAAAUAGCCUAAUUUAAAUAACAAUUAAUCAAAUGAAAACUCAUUCGAUAACGAGUAUUAUAGAUAAGAAAUAAUUAAGAAAUAUUAAAAAAACCUUCCUGAGAUGGCCUAACUUAUGAAAUUAAGUUAAGAAAAAAUUUCAUAAAAAAUUGAUAAUUAAUAAUAGAAAUUCGUAAAAUCUGAUGAUUGCCAAGAUUAAUUAGUACUUUAUAACAGCGAUUCCUUGCUUUAAGAAAGUUAAAAUAAUGAUAACGAGCAAUUGCAUGAAGGAUUUAACAAAAUAUGUGGAUUGUAAGGAGCAAUGCUAUCUGGUGGCUAAAAACAAAGAAUAGCUAUAGCAAGGGCGUUAAUUAAAAAUCCUAAAAUACUUAUUCUUGAUGAAGCUACCUCUGCUCUUGAUAAAGCAAUGGAAGGUAGGACAAGCAUUAUUAUAGCUCAUAGACUUUCGACAAUAAGAAAUUGCGAGUGGAUUUUAGUUAUGCAUUAAGGUUAGAUUAUAGAGCAAGGGACAUUUAAUAGUUUAUCUGAGGAUAACUAGUCUUAUUUUUAUAAGUUGAAAUCUGGAAUGGAAAUGUGA